AUGCCAGAAAGUGGCUCUUCAGCACCAAUGUCGACUUGGAACAACAUUAUGAGACAACUACGGCCGCAUCAAAAGUUUGCAGCAGCAUUCUACCUUUCCACUGUCAUAAUCUCGCUAAUCUAUGCAGUGACAUGCCAUCCUCCAGUCAACUACUUUAGCAACAAACGCAAUCUGAUCAAUGUCUAUUUUGUCAAACUCGGGUGGUUAUGGACGACUAUCAUCUAUUUCAUAUAUCUCUUCAACGUACUCGGCCGAAAACAGUCUUUUGAACGUGGAUUGGUUCGCUAUGUGUGCAUGUCGCUCUAUUGGUAUCUAAUGACACAAUGGCUAUUGGGACCCAGCUUUAUCGAUCGUGUAUUCGUGGCUACGGGUGGUACUUGUCGAGAUCCUUCAGCCAUGUUGAUCCAGGAUGUCUAUCAGCAAACCACGUGUCGUAGAGCGGGCGGGACUUGGAGCGGCGGUCACGAUGUUUCUGGACAUUGCGUCUUGUUAAUUCAUUCCAGCUUGUUCUUGUGGGAAGAGAUCUCUUGGAUAUGGUAUUCGAUCCCUGCAGUGCAACGACUCAAGCAGCAAAAUGGCACUCCAUGGUUGGCUUUCAAGUUGGUAUGCGGUCUUUUGGCGCUCUGGUGGUGGAUGCUAGUUAUAACGAGCGUCUAUUUCCAUGGCCAUUACGAGCUUUUCACUGGAUGCAUCUUUGGUAUAGCUGGAUGGGCUGCUUUGUAUCUAGGCAUCUUCCCUCGUAUUCCCUCGAUUGGUCUUCCCCCCAUUCAAUUCCAAGUAUAG